AUCAAUCUUACAAACUGCAAGCAAUCCAGUGUUCGUCGUGCAGCCAUUCAGUUUGGGUUGAAAGAGGUGGGUGAUGACGAAGAAUGGACUCUGUUCUGGACUGACUACUCAGUCUCAUUGGACAAAGCCAUGGAACUAAAACGCUACCAGAAAAUUAAUCAUUUUCCUGGAAUGAAUGAGAUCUGCAGGAAGGAUUUGCUGGCUCGCAACUUAAAUAGAAUGUUAAAGCUUUACCCAAAGGAUUACAACAUUUUCCCAAAGACAUGGUGUCUGCCAUCUGAUUAUCAUGAGUUUAUGGCCUAUAGCAGAGCAAGGAAAUCGAAGACCUUCAUUUGCAAACCAGAUUCUGAAUGUCAGGGGCGUGGGAUUUUCUUAACCAGAAACACGAGUGAAGUUAAACCAGGGGAAGACAUGGUUUGCCAGGUUUACAUUCCAAAGCCAUUCAUCUUGGAUGGGUUCAAGUUUGACCUCAGACUCUACGUCUUAAUUACUUCCUGUGACCCUCUCCGGAUAUAUUUCUACGAUGAGGGCCUGAUCCGUUUUGCCACCACAAAGUAUUCUGAACCUACAGACAGGAAUGUAGAGGACAUCUGUAUGCACCUCACCAACUACUCUAUCAACAAGCACAGCAAGAACUUCGUCCGGGAUGAAAACAAAGGUAGUAAAAGAAAGCUAUCUUUCUUUAACAAGUACAUGGAGAACAAUGCCUAUGACUUGGAGAGGCUGUGGAGCAGCAUUGAAGAUGUGAUCAUCAAAACUAUCCUGGCUGCAUAUCCGGUUCUGAAACACAACUACCUCACGUGCUUCCCGAACCAUAUUUCUGGCAGUGCUUGCUUUGAGAUCCUUGGCUUUGAUAUCCUUCUGGACCAAUCUUUGAAACCCUGGUUGCUGGAGGUUAAUCAUUCUCCAAGUUUUACCACUGACUCCAAACUUGACCAAGAAGUGAAAGAUAACCUCCUUUACGAUACUUUUUGUAUGAUAAAUCUCGGUGCUUGUGACCGGCGGAAAGUUCUAGAAGAAGAGAGGCGUCGAACAAAUGAGCGACUCCUUCAUAUCUACAAAUCCCGUGAGGACAGAGCUGAUGAAAUAAAAAGCAACCAGGCUGCCUGGGUGGAGCAGAUGGAAAAGUAUGAAGACGAAAACAUGGGGAGCUUCAGAAGAAUUUAUCCCAUUGCUGGCUCAGAAAAAUAUGACAAAUUCUUGAAAUACAAACAUUCGCUUUUCCAGGAAACUAUUGCCUCCAAGGCUCGGGAAGAAUGUGCCAGGCAGAUGCGCCAAGAGAUCCGGCAGAAGCAGGAACAGAAGGAAUUACUGCUGAAAGGGCGGAAGUACCCAGAGAGGAACCUACGGGGAGAGUCGCAGAACCAGAAGAAUCUUUCAUCGACAACCUUGAUGAAGCAGAAGCCACCAACACCGCCAGCCCCCAUUGCUACCAGCCCUGUUCCCGAAGCAGAGAGGUGCCCGAUCCAGGGAACAAGUGAGGCUGAGAAUGAGAAUGUGGAGAAGAGUGAUGGAACACCUCCAGACAGUACUGAUGUUGAUUCAGGACUGAAUGUCAUGGAGCAAGUUGAUGGACUGUGUAUGGUGACUUUGGACAGCACUGACAGAACCCCAGAAAGCAACAGCCACACUCAAACGCAAGCAAAGGAUUUGGACCAGAACCUGGACCAAUUAGAAGUCCUGGUAAAGUCUGAAAAUGAGGCAUUCACUGAGCCUCAGCCAGAGGCCCCAUCAGAGACUCCACAAGAAGUCAAACUGGAGCCCCGAGCUCAGUCAGAGUCUCAACCUGAGGCCCAUGCCCAAACAGUGGCUCCAGAGGAGACUCAGGGCAAAGCUUUGUCAGAGACCAUGGACCAGAUUCAGCCAGUCGUUCAGCAGCAGAUGCAGCAUGAGGCCCAGGACCAGGAUCAAACAGAGGAUCUGGGUCAGGCUCAAAUAGUACCUCUGGACCAGGCUUAUGAAGAGGCCAAGGACCAGGUUCAAGCAGAGGCCUGCAACCAGGCACAGACAGAGGUCCAGGAUCAGGUUCAACAACAGGCCUUAGGCCAAGCACAUUGGGAGGCCCCGGGACAGGUUCAGCCAGAAACCUGGGACCAGGCUCAGGAGGCCCAAGGACAUGUUCAGCAGGAGGCUGAGGACCAGGUUCAGUCAAAGGACCAGGACCCACAGCAAGCUGAGCCUCAGGCCUUAGACCCAGUUCUGUCAGAGGUUUGGGACCAAGCACAACAGGAAGCACAAGACCAGGCUCAAGUGGAAGCCCAACCACUAGCCCAGGUCCAGGUUGAGCCAGAGGCACAGACAGAGAUUCAGCCAGAAGCCCAAAUGUCGAGCAGUGAGCCACACAAUGAAGAGCAAGAGGUCAAGUCAGAUGCUGAAACCCAGCCAGAAGCCUAUGUUGAACCAGACGACCAAGCAGAAAGCCAUUUCCAGACAGAGGACAAAUUAUAUACAGAGAUCAAAGAAGAGGCACAGGAAUGGGUCCAAUUAGUGCCCAAUUCAUCUCUGGAGAUUGCAUCCUGUACUACACAGUUGGAGGUCCCUGAAGAACUGGACACCCAGAGUACGUCAUCACAGGGCAGUGAAGAGGAGCUCAGGCCCAAGGACACGUGCAGCAUCACAUCAGUAAAAAGCAUGGAACAAAUUGGGAGUUCAAGCCAAUUCCAACUAGAGGCCCAGGUCCAUCCAAACUUCCAGUGCCCACCUACCUGCCAAUUACAAUUCACCGCCCAAAACCAGCCUGAGACCCAGGUCCUUCUAAAAGGGGGACUCAAGGCUAGGAAAGGUUUUGUAGGCAAUCACUACUUUACAUCACAAAUGAUCAAGAGGGUGUCUAUGGCUCUGAAACGUAAUCGCAAUCAGGUGUGUCCCCCAAGUGACGUGAAUUACUUUGUGCAGACAGACACUACAGAGGCCUUAAACCAAAGUCCCAAUAUGAUGGAGGAAAUUCCCAAUGCAGCAGGAGAUCAACACAACUCCAAUUGCAGUUGUUGGAAACGGAAUGCAAGUAAGUGUGAUAAAAAUUUAUAA